GAAAUAGCCUAUCACCUACAGUAAAACACCUGUUGCGUUUGAUGAAAUAAAAAAGAUAUUUUUUGUUGAUUAAAAACACAUUUUAUCAAUUGCUGCCAACGUGUUCAAACUUUAUAAUUUAAUCAGAAUUUUAGCAUUCAGGAUGUUGUCUAUUUUAUUUACGGCUUUUUUACUGGUCUGCUCUAGCCAUGGUGACAAAGUGGACCUAGAUGGAGAUGCAAACAUUUAUGAAUAUGCUAAAAGUGCUGUAGAAGAAGUGAAACUACAUAAGUUAGCCUAUAAAUUGGGCAUCUCUCGAUCACACCCAAGCAUACUUCAGAGAGCUCAAAGUGUGUGUUACGAUGACUUGGGCUGUUUCGACAAGGAUGGUACCUUCAAGCACUUGAAAACACUUCCCGAACCUCCAGAAACAGUAAACACUAAGUUCUUACUGUAUACAAGAAAGAAUUUGGUUGUACCUCAAUUUUUAGAUUACAAGGAUGUGAGCACUGUUCUCAAAAGUAAUCUAAACCCUUCUCACCCUCUCAAGUUCAUAACACACGGUUUUGGUGGAAAAAACAAUUUAACAUGGGUGUGGAAUAUGAAAUCGGCCUUAUUAGAAGCGGAGGAAGUGAAUGUAAUUGUCAUCGACUGGAGUUUAGGUGCUCGAGUCCCUUACUACAUACAGGCAGCAGUCAAUACUGAAUUGGUAGGCGCAGAGGCAGCGGUUCUUUACUACAGGAUUAAGGACAAACUUGGAAUCCAAGAAAAAGAUCUCCAUCUCAUCGGUUUCAGUCUGGGUGCCCAUGUGGUUGGCUUCAUUGGAAAGAGAAUGCAAGAAUUACGCGGAACUAAGCCUGGAAGAAUUACAGGCUUAGAUCCAGCCAGCCCUCUAUUUGAAGAUGAAGACGAAAAUGUCCACUUAUCGAAGAAUGAUGCUGAAUUUGUAGACGUUGUGCAUACAAACGCUGAUCUUUUGAUGUACGGUGGUGUUGGUAUAGAAAAACCCAUAGGGCACGUUGAUUAUUAUCCAAAUGGUGGUAAAAGGCAACCUGGGUGCCCAAGUACUAUAAAAGGAAUUUUCUUCGAUAUUUUUAGUACUUAUUACUAA